CAAGUGAGAAAGAGAGACAGUUGUUACUACUCAAGUGUGGAUUGGAUUGUUGUCUACUUUUUUAGUAUUUUACUGGUUGGUCGUGAUUUCUACUUGUUCAUUUAGUCGUAGAGUAGAAGAAACUGUUUCCGACAUCAAAAAGAGGAAUUUCACUGCCCUCCAGCAGAAGAAUCGAAAUCAAGAUAAAUUAAUUCUCAAAAUUUAUAUCAGGUUGCUCAAGUAAUAGUCGAAACCGUGAUCAUGUCCUCGUUCUGCGCUUCUUGUUGCCCAGCUGAUCCGACGAGUGGGGAAGAAACUUAAGAAGGAUUAGUUAAAAAUGGAAAUAAUGCAGCAAACAGCGCCCUCCCCAAAUUUGGGGGGCGGUGGUGUCGGAUUGAUGAUGCCGCGUAGGAGGAAGAAACGUGUCACGACUACGACGACGAGUGGCGGUGGGGCGACAAUUGGCAGUGGGAUUGGUAGCGGGAUGACCUCGGCCUCCACGUUGACAAGUCUUAAUCGGAACGGGAUCCGGCUGGUGGAACUGACCAGGGGAAAGGUGGGGUACGGAUUUACCAUUUCGGGACAAAAACCGUGCCUUCUUCGCUGUAUUGUGGAGGGAAGUCCAGCUUCUGGGGCCAACCUCCACCCAGGGAAUUGUCUCGUCGGCGUUAAUGGGAGGGAUGUGUCUCAUUUGGCGCAUGACGAGGUCGUCGCCCUUAUCGGAAAGUGUACCGGACUUUUGCGCCUUCACGUGACAGAUUCGUACUUUAGUGAGAGCUCGGAUGAGGAAGGAGAUCUCCAGAUAACCCAACCUCGUCCAAAAUAUCAGAAUAAUCGUGCUCGAGUUGGAGGCAAAUCGAAACGCAACACUACCAUCACCACGACGAGCAACUCGAACAGUGCCGAUGACCACUUUGACUCUCUCCAUCAGCACAAAACAGCCCCUCACUCCGCGACACGUUCCUUGUCCGUCCCCAUUUCCACACCAACCACCACACCCUCUGUUGCCACCUCCCUUCUUGGCGAAGAGUCCCCCAUCCCUGCCCUACCCUUGCGAACAAUUCGUAACACCGCUACAAAAAUCGGGGUGGAAAGUGUUCGCGUAUUUGCCACCACUUCCUCUCAAGACAACAAGAAUCUUUAUCCCUUCCCCAACACAAGCCGGACCAGUUUAAGCAAUAGUAACAAUAACUGCCGAACAAGCAGACCUUCCAUUAAGGAACAACUAAGUCAGUUCAAUCACAAUACCAAUAUGAUCACCACAACAAGUAAUACUACUACAUCCUCUCCCAACUCUUAUCGUUGUUAUCAAGCCGUUGUUGGGUACGUCGGAUCAGCCGAGAUACCAGCAAUUGAGGAGAGAAAACGAUUACAAGCCCUAACUGCGUGCAUUCGUCGGCUCCGGGUUGAGCGGAGGAUGAGAAGCAUCGUCCUCCUGAGAAUCAAACCAAAUGGAAUUUGCCUCUUUGGUUCGCACCAAAACGCCACGACCGGCCCCCCGUUGGCCUUCUAUUCUUCAGGAAUAAUCUCAUUUUGCGGUGCGUAUAACGAGGAUCGUCGUUUCUUUGGACUUGUGACGUGUACCUCGUCAUCAGCAACAUAUUCUUGCCACGUAUUUAUGGUGGAUCCCAAACUUUUGAGUCAUUCCGACCACUUGAGGAGAGCACGAACCUUUGGUUUUACCUGUAGUUCGCUCCCACUUCCGAAAUAUGGACAGGUGCUAGGACUACAGGAGUGCGUCGAAUUUCCAGCCACGGCAGACCCCGUGUUGAGUUCAAUUCUUCGUCUGCACGGGACCCGAGAUCAGGACGAAGUCAGACCUUCACAGCAGCAGCAACAACAACGCUCCCCCAGCGAGGCAUCAAUAAGACUUGAAAAUUGUACCAAUUCAAGCAAUUCCGACUCCGGUGUGGGAUUCAGGGACGAAUUUAACGAUAGGAAUAAUUCAUCUUCUACCAGGAUUUACGACAUUGUAGAAAGUGAAGGAAUCAUGUUCGACCAGAGAUCUCCUCCAUCAAGGGAUCUCACGAGUAGAUCUCAUCAUCACAACAAUAAAAUCACGUCAUCUCCCUCAUCCGGAAAAUCCCUGCCUGUCACGUUCUCCUCAUAUCGACGGUCAGACUGUGUCGACUGUGACGGCGCGAGUUCUACCGUGUCUGGAAGCAUUUCUCUCCCAGGAGGGAGACAAACUAGGAACUCCUUUGAAACCGAUCCGCUCUCUCUUCAGGAGAUCUUAAUGUCCAAUUCGAACUCCGAAUUGCCCAGGGAUAGACGAAUUUCGACCAGACAUCAUAACUCCCCCUCCACUUCAGGUGUUCCGAGACAUAUCGAGGUUGACGUUGUGGUCACACCAUCUCCAAGUCAUAAUCAGCAAUCAAUCCACGAUGAGGAGGAGGAGGAGUCAGUAUUUAGACAGGUUUUGACUUCCUCCCCCACCAAGAGUAAAAAACUGGCGAGGAAGAGUGGGUCCCGGAGUUUGGACAAUCUGUGUUCUCCCGAAGUGUUCAGUGAGGGUGGCAAAGUGUGUGACUCAAGUGGGGGUAGGGUUGAAUCGAUAAUCGGAAAUAUUGGGUCUACUCCAGCCCUGAAUAAGGAGCUGUCCACUCCCACGACGACUAAAUCUUCUGGGGAUGUAGCAGCCUUUUGGGAAUUCAAAGUUCCUCGUCCCCCGAAACCAAAGAGAGAAAUGAAUCGUUUCGAGUCCUGGGCGGAGAAUAUUGAAAAUCUUCUCGCCGACCACUGUGGACGGGACGUGUUCACGGAAUUCCUGCAACAUGAAUUCUCCGCGGAGAACAUCUUGUUUUACAACGAUUGCGUUCGUUACAAGAAGGUGUACCCUAAUCUGACCGAGUGUCAAAGGAUCUCACUCGCAGCCAACAUUUUCCAACGCUAUGUUCAAAAUGGAGCCACUGAUCCGGUCAAUGUCGACUUUCAGGCACGUUCCCAAGCCGAGAAGCUGCUUCCUCAACCCACUCCCGACAUGUUUGACCUUCCCCUCGGCCAGGUCUAUAAUCUCCUCAAGUUUGACUGCUACCCACGAUUCCUCCGUUCGGACACCUACCGCGACUACUCCACGGGCGCCCUUACUCUCCCCGAUUACGGCGACACGUCCGACUCUUCUGACCAGGACUCAGUAAAGUCGCAUAAGUUGGACGGACGACGGAGGUCACUCCUCCCCUGGAACAUUAAAAAUCGGUCCAAAAACAAGGCCAAGUCUAAGGACGAUUCGGACCGAUUAAACUCUGAUAUUUCGUUCAUCCAGAGGACCGCAAUAAAUCAGAAUGCUGAAAGCUCUGACACGGAUGACAGUCGAAGACAAAGUUACAAACUUUGCAGAGUAACGCUUCCCGACAACUCGACAACCGUGCUGCCCUGUCGGCCGGGUGAGUCACUCUCCAUCGUAGUGCAGAGGCUCUUGGAAAAGAGGGAAUUCCAUUACGCAGCGUUCGAAGUGGUCAAUGUAGCCACUGGAAAGGCGCUCGACUUGAAUUUGGAAGCGUCAGAGAUGACGGCAAAGGAGAUCCGCGUGGAGCCGCGGUCCUUCAUCGGGAUAGAGUUGCCCAAGGGGUGGAAAGUUGGCGUGCGAGCGAACCCGUUUCGAAAAGUGGCCGAGGUUUUGAAACCCAUUCUCUCCCAACAUGGACUGAAGCUGGAUAAUGUCUUCGUUUAUGACAUCGAAACAGGGGAAAGGAUUGAUAUAAAAAUGCCCAUGGCGAGACUGGAUGGGCAUAAUUUGUUGGUGAAAUGUAAAGACCCGCAACUCGAAGAGAUAACAAACCACGUCGUUCACGACGGUUGCCUUGAUCCGAGCGGAUUUGACGAUGAUGACUUAGCUUCAACCAAGACUGGAUCGAGCCAAUCCUCCAGCGUAUUUCGUGGCUUUCUACGCCGAAGUUCAAAAUAUAAGCGGAAAGCCAAACAGAACAAGCAACAACAGUUCCUACAAAGUUCGGAUAUUCAUGACCCCACCAGCCACAUCGAACCCAUAAUUGAAACUAAACGAGGACCAGGCAACACCAAUUCCAGCGUCGAUUCAGCUACUCGUAGCUACAUACUCACCAAGAACGGAUCUUCACACGAUGAGAAUUUGCAACCUCACGGGAACCUCAACCUCCAACACUCUUCUGCAUCGUCAUCUCCGCUGAGCUUGGUCGUCUCCUCAUCCGAACUCAAAUUACCUGAUUCUUCAAGAAUCCGGAAACCAAUCUACGUCGGACAAACCAACGCGGACAAUAAUAAUUCAGACCUCGUCUAAUGGCAAUAAAAAAUGAAUGAUAAUUAAUCAAUUUCCUCCACAUUUCGUAAUAAUACUAUUACAUCCGAGCUUUCUAUGGCUUAUUAAUAAUUAGUUAAUUAAAAUUAAUCAUGGAGGAUGAUGUGGUCAGUUUGUUGUUAGGGAAUUGCGAUAAUUUUGACAAGUUAAGUCAAUAUGUCUGUGACUGUUGGUGAUGGCGGUGACAAGAUAAAUAAGAUAUUCAAUCCAAUAAUUAACAAUCAAUUAAAAAAAUAUCUACUCAAUUUUAUGUCUGGAGAAACAAUCGUUUUAUUUAUUUUGUUAUAAUAAAACAAAUAUAUAGUAAAGUAGUAAAUGUAAGAAGUAUCAAAAUAUGUAAUGUUGUAUGACUCGUUUCUCUCUCCGUGAUUCAGCUUUAUUUGUAACAGUGAAAAUGGCAAUAUACAUUAAUAUUUGUAAAAGUUAAGUAAAAACUAAUUAUGGAUUGAUAUUGCUCUACAACAUGAACGUACAAAAAUAAUAAAUACUUUACUAAAAUGUU